UAUGUCUGAAUACAAAAGUGCAGUGAUAUUUUAAAUAAUCACCAAUGAGUUAUCAGUAUAACCAUAUAAAGUGAAAUAGUACAGCAUGCGUUUGCAUAAAAUGGAACUUAGCUAAUUGUUUUUGACGAACAAGGGCCUGCCAUAUGACACUGAACUAUCCUUUUAAAAUAAUAAAAAAUAUAUUUUAUUUAAAUAAAAGCAUUGACAAAAUUUGAUAGCUUCAAAAUGCGUAAGUGGGAGUUGGAAUGGAGGAUGCUCAUGGUCAAUCGCUCGGCAUAUAAACACAGACAAAAGAUCUGAACAGGCUUUUUGCCAUGGCCGGAAAAAAAAUAUUUUCAGAAAAACAUAUAGAAAUUUUUCUGUCUGAAGAAGAUUCAAAAAUGAAUACACGGAGACGUUGAAAUAUAUAUUCUUUUCGUUUCCAUUUAAUUGUUACCUUAAAAUCUCUCUUGUCCCCAGAAACUAGAUCCAAAAAAUGGAUCCAACAAGUCAAACCGACGAAACCCACCACCUUGCUCAAGAACAUUCCGAUGACCAUGACCACCAGCUUGCUCGAAAACAUACCGAUGACGAUGACCACCACCAUCACCAUUCACCCCAAACCACCGACCCUUUUUCAAUACUCCUCCAACCCAUCCAGUGGCUACAAAUGCUCUCCUCCCAAAUAAACCCAAGUUUCAUCUUCGGUGUGGUCCUCGUUUACGGACUCAGUCAAGGCUUUUCUGGAUCUUUCUUCAAAGUAGUCACCGACUAUUACUGGAAAGACGUUCAGAAAGUCCAACCCUCCGUCGUCCAGCUCUACAUCGGCUUGUACUACAUUCCUUGGGUCAUGAAACCCGUCUGGGGUAUCCUCACCGAUGUUUUCCCUGUCAAAGGGUAUCGGCGGCGGCCGUAUUUUGUUCUCGCCGGUGUUCUUGGUGUGGCCUCGUCGCUGAUGGUUGCUCUGAACGGGAAUUUGUCUGCCGUGACGGCGUUGAUUUUCUUGGUCGGUGCGACGGCGGCUAUGGCAAUCGCAGACGUGACAAUCGAUGCGUGUAUUGCUAAGAAUAGCAUCGAGAUCCGUUCUUUGGCGUCGGACUUGCAGAGUCUGUGUGCUUUUUGCUCGUCGGCCGGAGCUUUGGUCGGAUACUCCACCAGCGGGUUUUUUGUUCACCAUCUGGGUGCCCAGGGUGCCUUGGGUGUUUUGGCAAUCCCACCAGUGUUGGUGACUGUUCUGGGCUUUAUGAUAUAUGAAGAAAGAACCACCCGCCUUCCUUCACAGAAAAAGCGGGCAGUGGGAAAAGUAGUAGUGGCAGUGAAGGGCAUGUACAAAACAAUAAAAUUCCCACAAGUUUGGAAGCCAUCACUCUACAUGUACCUAUCUUUGGCUCUUAGUUUAAGUACUCAUGAAGGCAUGUUUUAUUGGUACACCGACCCAAAAGCAGGUCCUGCAUUCUCUCAGGAGUUUAUGGGUAUAAUUUAUGCAAUUGGUGCAAUGGCUUCCAUAGUAGGGGUUCUAAUCUACCACAAGACCCUUAAAGACUACCCUUUCAGAACCUUAAUCUUCUUCUCUCAACUUCUAUACUCCAUCUCUGGAAUGCUCGAUCUCAUCUUCAUCUUUAGAUGGAAUUUGGGUCUUGGAAUCCCCGAUUCCUUCUUCGUUAUCAUGGAGGAAUGCGUUUCUCGGAUCGUAAGCAGACUUAGAUGGAUGCCCAUGAUCGUACUGAGCACAAGGCUUUGCCCUCUUGGCAUUGAAGGGACAUUCUUUGCUCUGCUUAUGUGCAUCGACAGCUUGGGUGCGUUGUCCGCCAAAUGGGGUGGAGGAAUGCUUCUUCAUUUGCUGCGUGUUACGAGGAGUGACUUCUCGAACUUGUGGUUGGUUGUUUUCAUAAGAAAUGUUUUGAGGUUUUCUACGCUGUGUUUGAUAUUUUUGGUUCCCACAGCGGAUCAAUCCGAGGUUUUGGUUCCUUCGGACCUUUUGACAAAUAGUACAUCUGCAGUGGAUGAAGAAGAAGACCAUGAGAGCUUGGAACUUGUUCCGAAGAAAGAGACGGUGAGAGUUUAAUUAGAUUGUGCAAAGUGAACAACAUUUUGCUAUUUGUCACCGCCGCAUACAACUCAAUGUGUACAGAAUAUGUGAUAUGUUGUUCUUGUUUCGUAAACUACCUUGUUUUCUAACAUUAAUUUCAGUUUUAUAAAAAUAA